UGUGUGUGUGUGUGUGUGUGUGUGUGUGUGUUCUGCUCUCCGGUGUGAGUCUCCCUCCAUGCCAGUCCCUCUCUGCUCUCUCUCUCUCUCUGCUCUCUCUCUCCUCCCUCUCUCCCUCUCUCCCUCUCUCUCUGUAUCUCUCUAUCACUCUCUCGGCUCGGACCGGACGCACGCCAUGGACUCGGACGGCACUCAGAGCGGCUCGGAUUCCCCGCACGACCCCUGCAAAAUGUUCAUCGGAGGUUUGAGCUGGCAGACUACUCAAGAGGGUCUGAAAGAUUAUUUCUGCAAAUUUGGUGAGGUGAAGGAGAGCAUGGUGAUGCGAGAUCCUGUUACGAAGCGCUCCAGGGGAUUCGGGUUUGUCACGUUUGCCGAUCAGGCCGGUGUGGAUAAAGUUCUGGCUCAAACCCGACACGAGCUCGACUCCAAAACGAUCGAUCCGAAAGUGGCGUUCCCUCGUCGAGCUCAGCCGAAGCUGGUGACGAGGACGAAGAAGAUCUUCGUGGGCGGAUUAUCAGUGAAUACAACGAUCGAUGACGUGAAGCAGUACUUCGACCAGUUCGGGAAGGUGGACGACGCCAUGUUAAUGUUCGAUAAAACCACCAACAGACACAGAGGUUUUGGCUUCGUGACGUUCGAGAACGAGGACGUGGUGGAGAAGGUGUGUGAGAUCCACUUCCACGAGAUCAACAAUAAGAUGGUGGAGUGUAAAAAGGCUCAGCCUAAGGAAGUGAUGUCACCGGCGGGGUCCUCCAGGGGCCGAGCGAGGGUCAUGCCCUACGGCAUGGACGCCUUCAUGCUGGGGAUCGGCAUGCUGGGUUAUCCAGGAUUCCAGGCGGCAACGUACACCGGCCGCAGUUACACUUCUAUCACUCCCGGAUACACGUACCAGUUCCCAGAAUUCCACUUAGAGAGGACCCCCCUCCUGACUUCACCCCACCCUCCCGAACUCACAGCUAUCCCUCUGACGGCGUAUAACCCGAUGGCGGCAGCGGCGGCUGCGGCGGCUGUGGUUAGAGGCUCCGCCCCCUCUCGCUCUGCUGGCUUUCUGAGCACCAGCAGUCCUGGACCAAUGGCAGAGCUUUAUGGAACGGCCAGUCAGGAAUCCACAGUGAGCAGUUACAUCAGCGCUGCAAGCCCCGCCCCCAGCACCGGCUUCAGCCACAGCCUCGGGGGUCCUCUGAUCGCUACAGCGUUCACUAACGGCUACCACUGAGACCGCAGAAGAAUGGAUGAGCCAAUCACGCGCUUCCAUGGAGAAAAACUACACUAGUGUUUCCUGUGUUUCUCUUACAUCACUUCCUGUACUAACACUGUCUCUGUCUCACUCUUAACAGAAGGACAUGUAAAUAUUUUAUUUCUGGUACGAAGGAAAAGCUUUCUUGUUUUUUAAAACGACGCUUUUAUCUUUUAAAUAUUUGCAUUCUUCCUGUUGAUUUUUUUCCCUUCUUGUCCGACAUGCUGUUUACUUUUGUUCCGUGUUUCUUUUUUUUUUUUUUUUUUUUUUUUUUUUCGAGACACUGUAGGUUUACAAUCGUAGCCUCAUGUUUUAAGAUGUCAAAACAUUGACGGGAGCAAUAAUGUGUGUCCUGAGCAGGCAUGUGCCGAUGUUUAUCGUUUACAUCACGAUAAUUCCCGGGUGAGAAAACACACCUACGACCUAAAAUCAUCUCAGUCAGGGCCUGUCAGGUUAGCUCAUGUUAGCCAGCUAGCUAGCGCUAACACUGAACAUUCCAAACAGUUAUAAAGUUCACCUAAAAUACUCAAAUUCUGUCAUGCUAGCUACCAUUAUCAGUGAUUUCUAGCUAGCUAGCUAACACUAACAGAAUAUUAUGGACAUUCAGUACUAUGAGUACAAAAUUCCUCUCAGAAAUCCAGUCAGGCUAACUAGCUAGCUAGCAUUAGCAGUGAAGAUUCUAAACAUUCAUGGAUAUGACUUAUGUCUGAAAUUCUGUCAUCAUUUGUUAGCUGUAAGCUAGCUAGCAUUAGCAGUGAUUACUAGCUAGCUGACAUUAGCAGUGAAUAUCAUGAACAUUUACUACUAUGAAUUAAAAUUCUUCUCAGUCAGAUUAGCUUAUGUUAACUAACUAGCUAGCAUUAGCAGUGACUUUUGCAGUGACUUUAGCUGACGUUAUGUUCGAUAGCUAGCUAGCAUCUGUUAGCAGUGAAGAUUAAGAAGAUUAAUUACUAUAACUUUAAAUUUUCUCUCAGAAAUCCUGUCAGGAAAGCUCAUGAUAGCUAGCUAGCAGAAAAGACUCUGAAUAUAUAUGAGUUUAUCUUAAAAACACUCUCCUAAAUUAUUUUAUUUCAAAAUUUCAUUUUUGGUAGCUAGUUAACUAGCGAGCACUAGCAGUAAAAAUUAGGAAUAUGAUCAUGUCACUUAAAAUUCCACUCAGAACUCCUGUCAGGUUAGCUAGCUACUGUUAGCAGUGAAGAUAUAAAUGUUUAUAUGUAAGAUUUUAAAAAAUCCUGUCAGGUUAGCUGACGUUAACUAGCUAGCAUUAGCAGUUAAAAAUAUGGACAUUUAUACAUAUGACUUCAAAAUUCCUCUCAGAAAUCCUGUCAGGUUAGCUGACGUUAUGUUAGUUAGCUAGCUAGCCACUGUUAGCUGUGAGGAUUAGAAACAUUUAUCUGUAUGAUUUUAAGAAAUCCUGUCAGGUUAGCUGAAGUUAACUACCUAGCUAGCAUCAGGAGUAAAAAUUAUGAAGAAUUAAGAUGAAAAAAUGUCUCUUGAAAUGUGUCAAGUUAUCAUUUUGGUAGCUAGUUAGCUAGCUAGCAUUGUCUGUAAAUACUCUGAGAAAUCCUGUCAGGUUAGCGUAUGUUAGCUAGCUGGCUAACAAAGCCUGUAAAACUCCACGUGAUGACCGGCACAUGCCUCGUCCUGAACACUGUUUGAUUUCUUUUUUUUUUUUUAAAAGGAUACGAUGCAUUUUUUCAGAUGCUAAUUUUUCUACGGAAAAUAAAUA